UGACCAGCUGAUGUACUGUUAAGCCCGAGGAAGGCCUCCCUGUUAUCAUUAAAAACAAAGACGGACAAAAAAAAACAACAGAUAAUUAACAUUUUAAUUUGUUUUGUGAGGGAGGAAGAUUGGUUUUAUUAAACAAUAACAAUAUAUUAUUGACUCUUUUUAAAUGACAAAUGGACAUAAUUGGGGCCAUUAGUAAUAAAAGUGUGAAGAUCAAAGAGGAGAGACAGGAUGUUAUCAACGGUCUUGGGAUAGUAGAGCAGGAUGACACUUGUGUCGAGUCAGAUAAGAUUGCGACAAGAUUAGUUGAAGGAGGGGAAGAGGCACAAAUCCAAUAUGAAAUGAUCGACGAAGAUGAACUGACAGGUUUUAGAGUAGUUCAACUAGCCGAUGUGGACGAAGUGGCCCAACCAGCACAGGGCCCGCCUUCGCCUCUUCAGACGUUUUAUUCUGACCCAUUGAACGGUCGUAUUUAUAUGAUCGGGCCGUCCCACGAUGUCUUUCUCGGGACGCAGAAGGCCGUCGUUGCCCGGUCCCUUGUUGAAGAAAACACCAGGCCGCCUGUAACAAGGGAUGAUAAAAGGCGAGCGACCCAUAACGAGGUGGAAAGACGGAGAAGAGAUAAGAUCAACCACUGGAUAAUGAAACUCGGUAAAAUUAUACCCGAGUGUAAACAAGAUUCUGCUAAGAUUGAAUCCCAGAGUAAAGGUGGCAUUUUAGCCAAGGCCUGUGACUACAUAACAGAAUUGAGAGAAACUAAUGAAAGGCUAUUAGUAUACGCUAAGGAAAAUGAACAACUUUUAGCCGACAUUGAAAAUCUUGGCCAACAGAACGAGCAGUUGAGAGAAGAAAACGCAAGGCUAAAGGCCCUUCUGAGGCAAGCGGGGAUUCCUAAUUCACUCGAAGAACUCCAGUAAAGAAAGAAAGAAGAAGAAACCUAAGAAAUUAGACGAUCGUGCUCACAAAAGAAAAAAAAUUUUAACACUAGAUUUACAAAUUCAAAAUCAAAUGUUUUUUGUUUUAUGAAAAACAAAGUUAGUGAUUGAUAAAACGGCAUAUAUAUGUGUAUAUUAUGUAUGUGUGCCUUCAUAAUAUAAAUUCUAGUUUUGACACGUUGUUUAGAUUUUGUUGUAAAUAAUUAUAAUGUUAUAUAAAAACUUAA